GCGGGCGGAGCGCCGGCGCCCGCGGGAGCGGCGCUCGCGGCGGCCGUGGUCGGGGGGGCCCGACCCCUGGUGCUGGCGGGUGGCGCUGGCGACGCCGCCCCCGCCCCCGUGGGGAACUGGCGCGUCGCCCAGGAGUGGAGGGGGUACCACUACGGCGAUGUGAUCAUCCCUCCAGCGGGCUUCGCUGGGGCGGGCACCCCCGCCCGCGGCGUCGUCUCGCUCGCAGACGGGUCGUCUCUCUUCGUCGAGUGGGUGGCCAUCGGUGACGAGUCGGCCUUCGCCGACCGGGCGGUGUCGCCCGACUGUCGCCUACUGCCGGUCCGCCUCGAUCGCGCUGGCAGGCCCUUCCGGACGCUCGAGAACCUCGUCGAGAGCUGCCGCCAGGAGCACCUUCCCGACUUCAUCGCGCCGAGGACGACCAUGCGGUGCCUCGAGCACCUCGCGGGCGAGGGCCGCUCUCUCGAGUCCCACUUCGAGCACUUCAAGAAGCUGUGCGGGCUCCAGGACUCCCAGUGGGGCAUGGAGGAGCAUGCCAGUGUGAUCAGCUAUUUGAAGGCGUUGCUCCAGCACGAUCAGGUGGACGCGUCCAACAUCCUUUCGGUGGAGAUGAUGUUCCGCCGGCUCCAGACGAUCGAGUACUGCUACAGCGACAAGCUGCGCGAGAGGACAGCGGGCUCCUCCGCGGGGAGGCUCACCGCCGACGAGCAGGCCGCCUUCGGGGCGACGGCCCGGGCCGAGUCGAGGCUCAUGGUGUCGCCCGCGCUGCUCGAGAGCGCCAAGCAGGAGCUGGAGCGGGACGCGUCGCUGGCCAAGAGCCUCCUGAAGGCGCGCGAGGCUCGGGAGUCGCUGGGCAAGCGGAGGCAGGGCCAGGGGAAGGCUGGCGUAGCCGAGCUGACGCUUGAGCGACCUACCGAGGUGGUGGAUUGCUUCUUUGUAAAAAAGGGGGGCGGCAAGCAGCGGCUGGUCGUCGACUGUCGGCGGUCUAAUCAGCAUUUCGAGCCGCCCGCCCCUGUCAGCCUUGUCUCUGGCGACACUCUCUCCCAGGUGCAUGGCGAUGACUCCCUCGAUCAGCCCGUGUUUAUCGGCCAGGUCGAUAUAAAAGACGCUUUCUAUCACAUGGAGCUCCCAGAGGGGCUCCGCCAGUACUUCGGGCUGCGAAGAAUUCGGGCCUCGUGGGCGGGCAUCUCUCAAGUCCAGGGGGCGGCCCGGGAAGGGCGGCCUCCCCGCGAGCGCGCCUUCGCCGCGGCCGCUGCGCAGCUGCACGGGGGUGAGGGGGAGGCCGACAGGCGGAUCCUGAUGGAGCUCGUGCGGCCCCAGUCUCGACACCACCGUCCCGAAAGCGAGUUCGACCGCCGGCACACGAAGGCGUUCGAGGACGUCCCCCUGGACCUCUUGAGGGCUCCCUGGAGGGUGUGCGGGAGGCAGAGGUGGAAACGGGCCUCGACGUCUAUGCCGGCCCUGGAAGCGGAGGCGCUUUUGUACGGGGUGCGCCACCUCCUGAGGUCCGUCGCCAACUUGGGCUCGAGGCUGCUCGUGAUUGGGGACUCGAUCUCGGCCUCCCUGGCCGCCACGAAGGCACGGUCGUCUUGCGAUGGCAUGCUCUCGGUGACCCGCCGGCUGGGCGCCCUGCUGCUGGGGACCGGCAGCCUCCUGCGGUCGCGCUGGAUCGCGUCGGAGCUCAACCCUGCAGACGGACCCUCGCGCGGCCGGGCGGCGCCGAGCGACCCGCUUGCCGGCCUGCGGCGCGAACUCGCGACCGCCGCCGGCGAGGGUCGCAAUGCUGGCGCGCGGCAGGUCCGACAGAUCGAGGACCCCCGCGGGCCGCCAGCCGCCGCCGCCCAGUGCGGGGCCCAGAUGAGCCUGCUCCGGAGGGCCUCGGUGUCGGCGAAGACGCAGGCCCAGUACUCCCUCUACCUGGCCGCCCUGCAGAGGUUCUGCGACUCCCGCGGGGACCACCCGAACACCGAGGAGGAGUGGGACAUCGCCACCGCGGGGCUGAUGGAGAUCAUGUGCAUGGAGGGCGGCUCGCUGAGCGCGGGCGAGAAGCUCUUGGCGUCGGUGCAGUGGGCCGAGCCGCGCCUGGGCAGGCUGGGGGGCGGGCGGAUGCCCGUCUGUCGACAGUGUCUGCGAGGUUGGCGCCGCGCUGCCCCAGCAGGGGGCCGCUUGCCCCUGCCCUACGACGUGGUGGCGCUGCUGGCGUGCUGGAUGAUCUGCCAGGGGCUGAGACCCCACGCGCUGGCCAUUCUCAUGAUGAUGGAGAUGUACUUGCGGCCAGGAGAGCCGUUCCUGCUACGGGGCCGCGACGUAGUGGCGGGGUCCCUCAGCGGAGCUCGCGAGUGGACCCCCACAUCGGUCUUGCUCCACCCGUUCGAGAUGCGGACCCCGUCCAAGAGCCAGGAGUUCGACCAGGCGAUCGUCCUCGACCUCGACCGGCAGGCGGCGCUCGCAGACGCCCUGGUGCAGCUGGGGCUGGAGCGCGGCGGCGGGCCCUUGCUGGAUCUGACGCCCAGCGCCCUGCGCCGGGCCCUGGACGAGGCCGCGGCUGCCUGGCGCCUGGGGCCCCUCGGGCCGCUCGACGCCUACCGCUUCCGGCACGCGGGGGCGAGCGUCGACUUCGCGACCGGCGCCCGACGUCUGGGGGAGAUCCAGCGCCGCGGGCGGUGGCGGUCCGCGCGGAGCCUCCGCCGCUACGAGCACGGGGGGCGACUGGCCGACCUCUUGCGCCGCCUGCCGCCCGACGCGCAGCGGGCGGAUGCCGUCUUUGGGCCGCUGAGGGCGCCCACCGUCGCCGUGUUCCUCGAGCUGUUCGCGGGCUCGGGCCACCUGUCCGAUGCCAUGGAGCGGGGAAAUGUCCCCACAUUGCGGUGGGACAUCCUGUACGGCCCCGCCUACGACCUGCGCAACCCCAGGAGCGCCCGCCUCAUUCGAGGGUGGAUACGGGCGGGGCUCGUCUGCGGCCUGCAUGCUGGCUUUCCUUGCGAGACCUUCUCGCGGGCGCGAGACCGCCCCAACGGGCCUCCGCGGCUCCGGUCCCAGGAGCACGUCUGGGGCCUGCCCAGUCUCCAUCCCGAGAGCGCCGAUUUCCAGAAGGUGAAGUGGGGCAACCUGUACGCGCGGCUUACGAUAUCCUUCUGCGUGCUGUGCUGCCAGUGUUUCGUCCCCUGGUCCGUCGAGAACCCCGCGCUGAGCUACGCGUGGCAGCUGCCGCCGAUGCUGCCCCUGCUCCAGCGCCGGCAGGUCACGACCCAGGUGAUCGAGCACUGCCGGUUCGGGACGCCCUGGAGGAAGAGCACCAGGAUAGCUGCGUUUCUCCUCGACUUGGCACCUUUGGCCAAAUUCAGAUGUACAGGGCCCGUCUGUGUCCUCACUGGGCAGCGGCAUCAAGAGCUGUCCGGCAAAGACGCGUCGGGCAGGUUCCGCACUAGAUUGGCGGAGGCAUAUCCUUGCAAGCUCUGCAGCACCCUCGCCAGAGCCUAUGCCGACGAGAAA